UUUUAAAUUUUUUUCUCUAAUAGUUAAUUUUUUUUUUGAAAGAACUCUAAUAGUUAAUUAAUCUAAUACUAAUCAAGUUAACAAUAACCAAAUAGUCGUUGUAGUAUAGUGGUAAGUAUUCCCGCCUGUCACGCGGGUGACCCGGGUUCGAUCCCCGGCAACGGCGAUUUUAGUUUUAAUUUUUUAAAAAAUUAUUGCCAGCAAUCCGGCUUCAUUCUGAUUUCUGAAAAGGAAAGAACAGUAGUCUAAACCGUUUAUAGGUAACGGUGUCGUUACUUUUUCUGUUUAAUUUUCGAAAAUAUUAAAAAAGGUGAUUGCUGUUGUAACUGUAGCAUCAUCUUUCACCUUUAUCCAAACUCGAAAAAACCAAUACCAAAAAACUCACUUUACUAAAACCCAAACUUACUGAUGAUCUCAAUCCUCCGUCAAAUCUCAACGGCCUAAUCUCUUUCUCUCUGUCUCUCCAAGAUGUCUUCCGGUGGUGGUACGAGCGUCCACAUCACGGCCCUAGACGGCAUCGUUAACGUGAACUCUCUCUUCACCUUAGCCGUCUUUAUCGGCCUUGCCUGGAACCCAAAGGACCCGUCUAACUCCCUCAUCGACGACCCUACCUGCAACCCAGGUCCCUCUGUCGCCGAGGACCUCAUCGCCUUCCAUGUCUACUCCUUUAGCUCAUUCCUCUUCUCCAGCCUCAUCGCUGUCGGACUCAAACAAGGGAUCCGGAUUUGCCGGAGCCCCGCCUACCAUCCCGUUGGGAUCCUCUGCCGGAUCAACAGGUCUAUUCUCCGGGUCGGAAUGCUCAUCUCUGGUAUCGGUUCAGUCUGCGGCUGCGGAUUCCUCAUGUUGGCUCUCAUCAAUGUGGUCCAGAUCAAGCUCGGUACCCUGGGUUGUGGCAGUUCUCACACCUACGCUGCUGUAGUCCCGCUCGUGAUCUUCGUCCCGGCCGCGCUUCUGAUCUAUAUCUCCAUUGUUCUGUACGCUUUCUUCAGUCGCUAGGGUUUGACUUUUCUAAAUUUUGUAAUAUUUAAAGUUUUAUUUAUUAUUUUGGCCUUUAAAUCUCUUAGUGGAAAUUACACUGUAGCCUUACAUAUAUCAAGUUAAUCAUAAUUGAUUACUAUUUAAAUCUCUA